AUGGAAAAAGGCAAUUGGUCCUCCCCUAUGGCGGGGUUCAUUCUCCUAGGCCUCUCAGCCUACCCAAAGCUGGAGAAAAUGUUCUUUGUGCUCAUCUUCCUGAUGUACCUGGUGAUCCUACUGGGCAAUGGGGUCCUCAUCCUGGUGACCGUCCUUGAUUCCCGCCUGCACAAACCCAUGUACUUCUUCCUGGGGAACCUCUCCUUCCUAGACAUCUGCUACACAACCUCCUCAGUCCCUCUAUUCCUGGAUGGCUUCCUCGAUCCCAGGAAAACCAUCUCAGCCUGUGCUGUGCAGAUGUUUCUCUCCUUUACCAUGGCAGGGACAGAGUGUGUGCUUCUGAGCAUGAUGGCAUUUGAUCGCUAUGUGGCCAUCUGUAACCCCCUUAGGUACCCUGUGAUCAUGAGCAAGCCUACCUAUGUGCCCAUGGAAGUCAGCUCCUGGGCUAUUGGUGGUAGAGCUUCUGUGAUACACACAUCUUUGACAAUUCAGCUGCCUUUCUGUGGGGACAAUGUCAUCAACCACUUCACCUGUGAAAUCUUGGCUGUCCUGAAGUUGGCCUGUGCUGACAUCUCCAUCAAUGUGAUCAGCAUGGGGGUGACCAACGUGAUCUUCCUGGGGGCCCCAGUUCUCUUCAUCUCCACCUCUUAUGUGUUCAUCAUUGUUACCAUCCUGAGGAUCCCCUCAGCUGAGGGGAGGAGAAAGGCCUUCUCCACCUGCUCUGCCCACUUCACUGUGGUGGUCAUCUUCUAUGGGACCUUAUUUUUCAUGUACGGGAAGCCCAAGUCUAAGGAUCCCCUGGGGGCAGACAGACAAGACCUUUCCGACAAGCUCAUCCCCCUCUUUUAUGGGUUGGUGAUCCCCAUGCUCAACCCCAUCAUUUACAGCCUCAGGAACAAGGAUGUGAAGGCUGCUGUGAGGAACCUGGUGGCUCAGAAAUGUUUCGCCCAGUGA